AUGUCUAACCUUUCUCAUUCGGCUUACCUGGCUAGCAAAUACCUCAGCGGGCCCAAAGCGGAUGCCAUACUUGCUCGCGAGGGCCUGAACGAAGAUGCGACGAAGCGAAAGAAACGCAAGAAACGUCGACUGGACGAUCCUGCUCCCUCGGCGGGCGAGAGCUCGACUGGCUGGAUAGUCGACCAAGAUGAUGGCGACAGCGCUUGGACUGCUCUUCAGCGACAGCAUGAAGACGAUGAGGAGGACAGACAGCAUGUGGUCGAACACAAGACGAGCAAGUACAACUUCAAGCGGAUCAAGCCACCCAAGCCUAAGCAAGAGGAAGCCAUAGCAGAAGAUGAACAGCCUGUCGUCGCUGCCAUCACGCAAGACGAUCGCGUCGUGUCCAGAGAUGUUGCGCCUCCACCUUCUGCGUUAUAUAGAGCAGUCGGCGGCAUCCAGACGGACGAACAGCUAGCGGAAGCAGCUGCACGUCGGCGGGCUGUCGAAGAACGCGCAGAGGCGGAAGCACGUGAGGCUGCAAGGCUGGCUGCGCUCGCCGAUCCAGACGAUGAGACGGGUGGCACUGUCUACCGCGAUAAGAAAGGCAGGAGGAUAGAUACAAAAGCUGAGCGAGCGGCCGAGCUGAGAGCAAAGAGGGAGAAGGAGGAGAAGGAGAUGGCCAAGAUGGAAUGGGGCAAGGGACUCGUACAGCGCGAGGACAAGGAGGCAAAGCGUCGCGAGGAAGAGCGCUUGCUCGCGAAACCCAUGGCCAGGUCAGCUCGACUACUGUAUGCUGACGAUCGAGAUAUGAAUGACGAACUCAAGCAACGCGAACGAUGGAAUGACCCGGCUGCUCGCUUCCUCACCAGCAAGACAGAGACCAGUCGCAAAUCAACGCGACCGCAAUACAACGGGCCUGCGCCCGCGCCUAAUCGCUUCGGUAUCAAGCCUGGCUAUCGAUGGGACGGCGUCGAUCGCGGCAAUGGCUUCGAGAAGAAGCUGUUGCAGCAAGCCAAUCUCAAGAAGACGCAGAACGCGCAGGCAUACGCAUGGUCGACGUACGACAUGUAA